UUUAGUGGCAGCCCCGCGCCCCCAAAAUACUGGAGUUACUUCCCACACUUUAAUUGAGAGUGCCGAGCCCGCCGUGGUCGGAAUAUCUGACAGUGAACAUCAGUCGAAUUUAGGAAAUAACACCACCGCAAGCGAGUGGAGUACAGUGGCUCGUAGCAGGAAAAGCGUACGACCACUUUCACUUCGGGGUACAGCUGGUCCGUCAGUAACAUCUCUAAAAGCCGUUGAGCCACGAAAAUACCUCCACCUAUGGAAUAUGGAAUCCGACGCGAAUGAUGUUCUCAAGUACCUUCAACAACUUUGUCCGAGUGGAGCGUGCGCUGUGGAGGAGCUUAAGCCUAAAGGUAACUACAAAUCUUACAAAAUCACGGUGCCUGAAGCUGACUAUGAGACCUGCUACACGCAAACCGUAUGGCCCGUCAAUGCUAAAAUAAAGCCAUGGAUACAACUUCGGAAACCCUCCAACUCCCUACGUGACACAGCAGCGCAGUCCCAGCAGACAUUUCGUGACCCCCGCCGACCAAACAAUUCCCGGCAAUAGAACCACUCUUAGCCUGUUCUAUCAAAACGUGCGUGGCAUCAAGACCAAACUUAAUGUCUGGAGAAACAACCUAUUGCAAACACCAGUAGAUAUUGUGGCAACCACGGAGACGUUCCUCGACCAAUCGGUCGGAGACUCGGAGGUGGCAUGUGGUGGUUGGAGUGUCAUGCGCCGAGAUCGCUGCACGCCAUGUGGAGGCGUAAUGAUCCUGGCGCGCCAUGGCAUUCUGAUGCGCCGCCGACGAGACCUCGAGACUGAUGCCGGUGAGGACCUCUGGGUGGUCUUUACGCUACGCAAUCGUUCUGUUUAUGUUUGUGUCGUUUAUAUCAAGCCAAGUGCGAGUGACUCUGACUAUUUUGAUUGGUUUUGCAAAGUAGAAUCAUUUAUUAAUAACUUGAAUGGAUUUAUUAUUAUUUUAGGCGAUUUAAAUCUUAAUAGUGCCUCUCAAAAUGUUAAAAACUAUUUUUGUUAUUUUGUGUCGUACUGUAAUCUUUUCGAAAAAAACCACAUUGUAAACACACAUGGUUCGAUGUUAGACGUCAUAUUAGUUCGGGUCCUUGCAAAAAAUGUCACAGUGUCGGUUAACUCCUCGGAGGGCAUGGUCAACCCAGAUGCAUAUCAUCCACCCCUAGAUAUCUCAUUCAGUUUUGAAACCCAACGUCCCAGAGAUCGCAUGGAACCUAGUAAUAUUGGUAGGGCUAGGGAUUGGAAUUUUAAAAAAUGCAAUCAUGAGGCAUUAUCACAGUUACUUUGUGAAACCUCCUGGAGUAAUGUUAUCGACUCAACUAAUGUAGAUACUGCAGUUCACUACUUUUAUCAAACCGUCUAUAACUUAUUUGACAGUUGUAUCCCCAAGAAGGUAAGAUCUAGGGUAGUUCGGCGUUAUCCGGUUUGGUUCACAAAAGACAUAAUCAGAGAUUGUGAACGUAAAUUGAAAUUACAUAGGAUAUGGAAAAAGUCCCAGUUGAACUCAGACUACAAAAGAUUCACCGAUAUGAGGUCCAGCCUUAAUGAUCGAAUUAACAUUGCUUAUAAAAUUUACAUCAAAGAUGUCGAGCAUAACAUCAGGAAGCAUCCUCAAAAGUUUUGGGCUCACGUCUCGGGUCUGCGAUCUAAAGGUGGUUUCGAACCAGCAGUGGAUUCCAAUGGUGAGCGCCUGGUGGGAACCAAAGCAGCCGAAGCUUUUGCAAACUUUUUCUCAAGCGUAUUUCUCCCCGAAGUUCCAGCAUUGAAUGCUUCGGAGGCGAAUAGCUCUGAUAACAACCGCAACAGUAAUAUGAUAUGUGUACAGAAUUUUUCUCCACAGCAAGUAAAGCGUGGUAUUACUAAGUUGAAGCCUAAUAGCUCUGUAGGCCCGGACGAAAUUCCACCAUCUAUACUCAAGAAGUCCAAUUAUUUUGUACUCCCCCUCUUCCAUAUAUUUAACCUAUCUCUGAAAUCUGGUACUUACCCAUCACAAUGGAAGCUGUCAAGAGUUACGCCUAUUCCUAAAACUGGUAAUACCGUAGCUGUUGAGGAUUUCCGCCCUAUAGCUAUCCUGUCUACACCGGCUAAAGUUUUUGAGAGCAUACUACAUGAAAUAAUUUAUAAGCAGGUCAAUGUGUUUCUCUCUGACGAACAGCACGGCUUUAGGAGUAAGCGAUCGGUUAAUAGUAACCUAUUGACAUUGGUCGACUACAUUUCCGAAUGCUUAGAUCGUGGCGGACAAGUGGAUGUCCUUUACUUUGACUUUCGUAAAGCGUUCGACAGGGUCAACAAUGAUAUAUUAUUAUCCAAGUUGAGUAAGAUUGGCUUCGCUCCCAACCUCUUACAACUUAUGGCAAAUUAUCUUCAAGACCGAAAACAAUUUGUGCGGCUUGGCUUGUAUGAAUCCAAAUCCUACCACACUCGUUCAGGCGUCAGUCAAGGCUCGAUUCUUGGCCCUCUCCUUUUCCUGAUAAUGAUCAACGACCUACCAUCAGUGCUUGAAAGGGCCAAGUGUUUGCUAUACGCUGAUGACCUGAAAUUGUUUAUGGAAAUAAAAUCUGAGGCUGAAUGUGUUGAACUUCAGAAUGAUAUUGAUGCUGUCAUCAAAUGGAGUGACGAAAACAGAAUGGAGUUCAACACCAAUAAAUGUUCUGUUAUGACUUUUGGACGCAAGAGGUGUCCAGUUUACUUCCCGUAUAAUAUGAACGGGGUUCAGUUGCCCAGACAAGCUAAUAUAAAGGACCUAGGAAUAAUAUUUGACCAUAAACUUACAUUCCAUGACCAUAUUUCUACACUCGCCUCCGAAUCAUUCAAACGGUUGGGAUUUGUUUUGCGAAAUACUCGAGAUUUUCAAAAUUGUCACACGAUAAAACUAGUAUUUGAUGCUUUGGUUCGUGCCAAGCUAGAAACCAGCGCCUGUAUUUGGAAUCCAUACGAAAGCACUUACAUCUUGCUUCUUGAAAAGGUCCAAAAAGCCUUUUUAAGGUAUCUAUAUAAGAGAUUGUACGGGUAUUACCCAUUUAUGUACCCCACAAAAUUUCUCCAAGGGCACUUGGGUUUCAACUCGCUUAAAACCCGACGAGAGUGCGACCAAAUUGGUACAAUUUGCAAGAUUCUUAGGGGUGUGAUUGACUGCUCUGAGCUGCACAACAAGCUCUGCUCCGUUUAUGCACCCACUGAUUACAGCUACCUCCGCCGCCGCCGCAAGUUUUUCGUGAGUCCGUUUAGUCGCACGGUAGCGCGCGCCAGGUCUCCCAUACCACGCACUUUGGCAGCGCUGAACGCGCUGCUGAAGGAGUCCCCUCGCUGUGACAUAUUUGCUGACAAAUGGGCUGACCUCAUAGGUCAGAUCCUGCACUUUUGUGAAAAUUUUUAGUUUUGCUUUUUGAAAUUAAUAAUUUUAUAUUAUUUUU